CCUACGUCGAUUCUUCUACUUCCGGGAAUUCGCCUGCCCCCUUGGUUGGGUUACCGGCCGCUGCUGCUGCAUUCUGUUCCGUCUGACUGUCCGGCAGCAAAAGGGUGCUGCCGGGAAACAAUGGACCGUUUAUUAUGUUCCGGAGGGAAUUGGCCACGUUCAAAUAAUACUACAGUGUCCAUGUGUUGCUCUCAUUUGCCCAUAUAAAUCAAUCAUCAAACACUGGGUUAAAAACAUCCCAAAUGAUUAUCAACUGGAGAUUCCAGUCAACUGUGAUGAAAAGAUUAGCUGUAAAUAUCUUCUUCAAGCUCUUGAGAAAAGCAACUGUUUGAACAAGGACUGUCCAAACAGUUCUUGCCAUAAAACAUAUACUCAAACAGAAGAGUUGAUUUACCACUGCCUUGUUGGCGAGAAGUAUAAUAUUCUCUGCCAGAGUCAGAAUCAGAAUCAGAAGACUCUAUUCAUGUUAGUGAAUAGCACAAAAUUUGAAGACGCGAUAGAAGGUUGUCUGAAUUUCACAGAAAAUAGUACGGCAUGCCCUAUGUCCACCUCUUCUCCUGGUACAACAACAGCAACACCCACAACCAGAAAUACAUCCACCACUUCCCCUGCAUCUCCUAGUACAACAACAACAUCCACCACCUCAGGUACAACAACAGCAACGCCCACAACCAGGAAUACAUCCACCACUUCCCCCACAUCUCCUAAUACAACAGCAACAUCCACCACCUCCACCGCAUCUCCUGAAAAGGAAACGUCCAUCACCAGUUCUGUCCAUUCUUCUGUCCAUUCUUCAACAUUUAGCGGAGAGAGUCUAAGUGUGCUGGGAUUCCUGAUGGUAUCUGUGAUUUUAAACAUAGUUUUGGUGGGAUUGUUACUGAAGCAGAGACACAGCUACAGACAGAUAAAUACACAGCCUUAUAGAUACUGUACAUGUGAAGGAGACAACACAAUCAGGUUGAAUGCUGUAUCAUCAGGGGGUGGGUCCGUGAUCUAGAGCUGGAUGCCUCCUCCAGUGUUGCCAUGACUGCAGAUGGCUCGCAGAGGAAGGACCUGCUAUGCCCACUACACUGUCCCCAUCAUAGACUGCCAAUCUCACCUGCACCAGGAGGCACUCAGUGCCACCUAUGGCUUUGGGCAAUAGGACUCAACAAGAGAACCAGGACUACUUACAACAUUCCCAACAGAUCUGCAUGCAAAGCUUUUCAGAUGUUAUGGCACAUGAAGACAUUGGCAUGAUGAAUGGAAGCCACUAUUAGGGGGCCCAUAUUUCAACAGGUCCCUGUCUUAACAUGAAUGAAUGGCUAAUUGUGAUAUGAGGACAAAGGUAGAAACAUAUCAUCUCAGAAUCCAGCCACGCUUCUGAUUCAUUCAAGAUGUCAAAAGCAGUGGUUCAAUUGAACUCUUACAGAAUGACAACCAUCAGUGAAGCUCAGUGCCUGGUUUCUUCCACACACGUCGUUGGGAAUUGUGGCCAAAUAGUUCAAUCUGACCCCAUUAGGAGAACACUCAAGAAAUUGGGUGACCUUUAACCUCUAGGGGUCGCAGAAAUUAACAAAAAUGCAAAAAAGACAGCUCCCUCAUUGCUGCUUGCAUCUAUAUUGUCCAAUGAAUUCAUAUAGGCACAAGUGGACUCCAAUCAAGUUGUAGAAGCAUCUCAAGGACCAUUGAUAGAAGUAGAAUGCACCAGAGCUCAAUUGCA